ACAACAGAGAAGUGAUGCAUAGGAGUGUCUCACAUAGAGGCACCGGCAAAAAAAAAAACCUGCUUAAAAAUAACAUUUCUCACUUCUAACUCUUCUUGUUUGGUGACCUGAUACAUGCAUGUAUGUGUUGUGAGUCUCGAGGAGCUCGCCUCGCGGUGCACACUUGACCAUUUGACACCGUUAGCCUGACAGCUAACUAGUUAGCAUCCAUGAAGAGACCCAACCCCGGAUAAAAUGCUGUGAGCAAGACCGCCCGGCUCGGCUCGAGUUAGCUAGCUUGCAGCUUGUCGCAGAAAAGAAAACAGCAGAAUGACAGAGGAUGCAGUCUUGCUGGAUGUCCCUGUCAUUCGGCAGCUCUACCACUGGGACUGUGGGUUAGCCUGCUCCAGGAUGGUCCUGAAGUACCUUCAUCCGGUCAGUGAUGAGGAGUUUCAGAGAGCAUGCUGGGAUCUCAAGCUGACAGAGAGUGUGUGGACUAUUGACCUGGCCUACCUCAUGUGCCAUCUAGGAAUCAAACACUGCUUUUGCACGCAGACCCUGGGUGUUGAUAAGGGCUUUAGGAAUCAGUCCUUCUAUAAGAAACACUUUGAUACAGAAGAAGACAGAGUGAAUGAUCUUUUCCUCAAAGCAGACAGCAAAGGUGUGGUGGUGAAGAAACGCUCUGUGCCGAUUCAGGAAAUCCAGUCUCAUCUGGAGCAGGGCCACGUUGCCAUAGUGCUGGUUAACGCAGUUGUCUUGACAUGUGAACUCUGCUCCUCGCCCGUCAAAUACUGCUGCUUCCUGCCUGUCGGCCAGAAGUGUUUCUGCAGGAAGCCAGAGUACCAGGGUCACUUUGUGGUCGUAUGCGGCUUCAACAGGACCACCGGCUGUGUUUUCUAUAACAACCCAGCGUAUUCGGACCGGGUCUGCUGCACCAGCGUCGGUAACUUUGAGGAGGCUCGGCGGAGCUACGGGACAGAUGAGGAUAUCCUGCUGAUCUUUAAGGAGAGCUGAUGCACAGUGAAGAUGGUUUGGAUUUCACUCUUCCUUUAGCUCAUCGUUGUAGGGACCUGUCGCUGCGGGUCGACGGCCUCGGACUAGCGGCUCCUCCUGCUAUCGCAGAUCCCCUGGGCCAUUCUCUCCGGUGCUAAGAAGCCCAACUGCUCACAUGACUGCUGCAGAAUUCACGCACCAUUAUCCCCUCUUAGAAAGUCGCUCGACCACUGAAGGACGAACAGCUGGGAGUUUCAAAAAUCUAAGUUAAAUUAAAUUUUUUAUCUAUUUUUUGGAAAUUAGCAGAUAGACCGAAUGGAUUUUAUUGCGUCUUUUGUUGAAUUUUAUUGACUCAUAGAUGAGAUUUUCAGACUUGUGAAACUUCAGCGGAUGAAAUGUGGGAAUCAUGACAGAAUAAGAAUUACCCGGAAAUAGUGUGCACAUAAAUCAGGGCUGAAAACAACAUUUAGUGUGAACAAUCUGUUUGUGCUGUUUAGUGUUGAAGUCCUGAAGAGGCUCAUUAGCAGCCUCACCUCGUCUUGCCUUUAAAAAAAAAAAAUCCUCCUAACUCACCUCUUCAUCACUUUUUAUUCUGAUGAUUCUGUCAACAGGGAAUACAGGAAGUAGUUGUGCUUUGAGAGUCUCAGGUAAUUAAAGUGUGACAUUAAUUGAUAGCUUGUCAAUGCAACACCCCAUAGUUUGCCUAUGGAUCUCAAUCUGCCUGCAGAAGAACAUGGACAGUGAAUUGACAUACUGACACAUGAACUCACCAGAUGCAUUCACCUCACUUGAGAACGAACAGCCCAACAUCUUGUGUUUUGUUGUCAUGGCAACAUGCUGGGUGGAUGGAGACAUUUUCUGGUUGUUGUGACUUGAAAGUGGUGAAGAAAACGUCCUUUCCUCAUCGUCACUUAGUUUUAUCUUCUCAUUUUUGGUAUUAUGAGUAUGUUUUUGCACUACACUUUAAAAACCUGACAUAAUUAUGUGUUAUUUAAAUAAAACAAUUACCAUGAAAUUGCUUUUUUAGAACCUAUAAAAAGUGAUUAAUUCCUUGGUUGUGCUUUUUAGUAAGAAUAAAUGGCACCUUUUGAACCUCAAACUUUAUUUUUUAUUAAAGAUAGAGCUGCAUUUAUUAUAUGUUGUGAUUAAAGAAGGAUAUGAACAUAUGCUCCAUCCUUGUGGUUUUUUUUUUGGAAACAAGUAUUUAAUGUGAAACUCGCACCUUAAAUUUGCCAGAGGUUACAUGAAAUCUGAUAUUGGUUGUUUGAUGUUCAGAUUUAUUAAUCCUGAAAGAGGUAAUCAUACACAUAAGUACUCUCAGCUAAAAAAAAGUAUUAAUAUUCUCAGGGUUAUACAAAAUUUAAUUAAAAAAUGCAAUUCGAUACAUUUUAACAAAAUCAAAAAAAAAAAGUGCGAUUUCUUUAAAGAAAUCGCACUUAAUCAGCACUUAAUGAUUUAUGAAUUGAAUAAUAAGGAAUGAUUUAAAUGUCAUGGUGAAAUGGUAGAAAUUACAAAUGUCCCCGCUGUGGGACUAAUAAAGGAUUAUCUUAUUUUAGUAACAUCUGCAACAAAGCUAACUGGAGAUCGAUGGAGCCGUCAGUAUAUUAAUAUAUAUAUCAAUAUAUUAAACUUGUGUUCAAUUCAAUACACUCAGCCUCUACUGCCUUACAUGGUCAGGUUUGACCUCUUGCUUACAGCGGCUAGUGUUAGCUAUUAAUGUGUAACUGAGUCAGUUCACUGACUUUGUGACUCUUAGCAUUUAGCAUUUAGCAAACGGUGGCCUCUGCAGACCCUUUGGCACUUGUUGCUGCAUAGGCCGCUGUUCAGCAGCAGUUACAUGGUCUAGAUUUACUUGUUUUUCUGUUAAAAACUCAAAAUACAUUUUAAGGCAACUGAAAAAUCCAGGCCUUAUCAAAUCAUCAACAAUUAAAUUAAGAUCAGUUGGUUAUCCAGUUAUAAAGAUAACUGGUUUGACUUUGAUUUUAGUUUCCUGUGAUUAGGUGAGGGAACCAACAAAAUGAAACUAAUCUGACAGAUAGACUAAUAUAAACACAAUGAGAAGAACACAUUUUUUUUAUCCUGUUAUAAUGCAUAUAGCUUAAAUUUGGCAUGUUGGUGUAUUUCUUUUUAAAGUUGGGAAGGUUAUCGUCAGCUCCUAUAUUAAAUCUAUAAUAAACUAUAUAGCCAAAAUAAAUACAAAUGAAACCCAUUAAAAUCACAAUUUUUGAUCCCACAAUCAUUACAGCAUAAAAUCCUUCAGGCCUUCAAUCUUGAGCUACAGCUGCAGAUUGUUUAUA